GAAAGAGGACACGCGGGCGCACACACACAGCCUGGGAGCAGAAACAUCUUCCCUGGCUUCGUGGGUUUCUCCCCCCACCAGAGCCAGUGUGUGUGAGGAAAUCUCGGGGCUUUGCUCCUAUCGAAAGUGUUCGUCAGGGUGAUUUUUGAUGACCACAAUCCAGAAGUGCUGGCGUCCGAAUGCAUUUUCUUUUGCUUGGCCAAGAAGAGUCGUGAACUUCAAAACCCCCGACACGGAUUAUCAAUCCUGCUUUGCAGGGAAGGAAAACCCUCAAUCCCCUGCCCCCCGCCACCCCUCUCCGGAGAUUCUGCAAUCGCUGAGGCGCUCCGAGUCGGAAGGGGACGCUUUGGGAAUGACCAUGCUCCACGGAGGGACAGAGCCGGCCCCCAGCUUCUCUACACAGAGCCUCCUCCACUAAAGCUCCAAAAAUCAAAAACCGUAAUUGCCAGAAGAAGCAUUAAAAAAAUAGCCCAGCCACUAACCUCACAUGCAAAUGGAAUAAUUACUCUGGAUUCUGCAUUGUGAGCUGCUCUCCAUAUCCUGAAUUACCUCUGAAUUCAGUCUUUUUUCUUUGAAUUUGCAUCUCUUCAAGACACAAGAUUAAAACAAAAUUCACGCAAAAUUGGAUUUUAAAUUAUCUUCCUUUCAUUUAUCCUUCGUCUUUCUUAUAUGGAUAUGCCAGCGAGAAGAGGAGACUGGACAUUCCCAACAUGCUCACUCCCUUAAUCUGUCCGUCUAGAGGUUUGUCUUCUACAAACCAAGGGAGUCGACGAGUUGAAGAUGAAGCCCAGAGCCGAGUGCUGUUCUCCCAAGUUCUGGUUGGUGUUGGCUGUCCUGGCCGUGUCAGGCAGCAGAGCUCGCUCUCAGAAGAGCCCCCCCAGCAUUGGCAUUGCUGUCAUCCUCGUGGGCACUUCAGACGAGGUGGCCAUCAAGGAUGCCCACGAGAAAGAUGAUUUCCACCAUCUCUCCGUGGUACCCCGUGUGGAGCUGGUAGCCAUGAAUGAGACUGACCCAAAGAGCAUCAUCACCCGCAUCUGUGAUCUCAUGUCCGACCGGAAGAUCCAGGGCGUGGUGUUUGCCGAUGACACAGAUCAGGAGGCCAUCGCCCAGAUCCUUGACUUCAUUUCAGCCCAGACACUCACCCCCAUCCUGGGCAUCCACGGAGGCUCCUCUAUGAUAAUGGCGGAUAAGGAUGAAUCCUCCAUGUUCUUCCAGUUUGGCCCAUCAAUUGAGCAGCAAGCUUCCGUAAUGCUCAACAUCAUGGAAGAGUAUGACUGGUACAUCUUUUCUAUCGUCACCACCUACUUCCCUGGCUACCAGGACUUUGUAAACAAGAUUCGCAGCACCAUUGAGAACAGCUUCGUGGGCUGGGAGUUAGAGGAAGUCCUCCUGCUGGACAUGUCCCUGGAUGAUGGAGAUUCUAAGAUCCAGAACCAGCUCAAGAAACUUCAAAGCCCCAUCAUUCUUCUUUAUUGUACGAAGGAAGAAGCCACUUAUAUCUUUGAAGUAGCUAACUCAGUAGGGCUGACUGGCUACGGCUACACGUGGAUUGUGCCUAGUCUGGUGGCAGGGGAUACAGACACAGUGCCCUCGGAGUUCCCCACUGGGCUCAUCUCUGUGUCCUAUGAUGAAUGGGACUAUGGCCUCCCUGCCAGAGUGAGGGAUGGAAUUGCCAUAAUCACCACCGCUGCUUCCGAUAUGCUGUCUGAACACAGCUUCAUCCCUGAGCCCAAGAGCAGUUGUUACAACACCCAUGAGAAGAGAAUCUACCAGUCCAACAUGCUGAAUAGAUAUCUGAUCAAUGUCACUUUUGAGGGAAGAAAUCUGUCCUUCAGUGAAGAUGGUUACCAGAUGCACCCGAAACUGGUGAUAAUCCUUCUGAACAAGGAGAGGAAGUGGGAGAGGGUGGGGAAGUGGAAAGACAAGUCCCUGCAGAUGAAGUACUACGUGUGGCCCCGAAUGUGUCCUGAGACAGAAGAACAGGAGGAUGACCAUCUGAGCAUUGUAACCCUGGAGGAGGCCCCCUUUGUCAUUGUGGAAAGUGUGGACCCUCUGAGUGGAACCUGCAUGAGGAACACAGUCCCCUGCCAAAAACGCAUAGUCUCUGAGAACAAAACAGAUGAGGAGCCAGGUUACAUCAAAAAGUGCUGCAAGGGGUUCUGUAUUGACAUCCUUAAGAAAAUUUCCAAAUCUGUGAAGUUCACCUAUGAUCUUUACCUGGUUACCAAUGGCAAGCAUGGGAAGAAAAUCAAUGGAACCUGGAAUGGUAUGAUUGGAGAGGUGGUUAUGAAGAGGGCCUAUAUGGCCGUGGGAUCACUCACCAUCAAUGAGGAGCGAUCCGAGGUGGUCGACUUCUCUGUGCCCUUCAUAGAGACCGGCAUCAGUGUCAUGGUGUCACGCAGCAAUGGGACUGUCUCACCUUCUGCCUUCUUAGAGCCAUUCAGUGCUGACGUAUGGGUUAUGAUGUUCGUGAUGCUGCUCAUCGUCUCAGCCGUGGCUGUCUUUGUCUUCGAGUACUUCAGCCCUGUGGGUUAUAACAGGUGCCUCGCUGAUGGCAGAGAGCCAGGUGGCCCAUCUUUUACCAUCGGCAAAGCUAUUUGGUUACUCUGGGGUCUGGUGUUUAACAACUCCGUCCCCGUGCAGAACCCAAAGGGGACCACCUCCAAGAUCAUGGUGUCGGUGUGGGCCUUCUUUGCCGUCAUCUUCCUGGCCAGCUACACUGCCAACUUAGCUGCCUUCAUGAUCCAAGAGGAGUAUGUGGACCAGGUUUCUGGCCUGAGUGACAAAAAGUUCCAGAGACCCAAUGACUUCUCACCCCCUUUUCGCUUUGGGACUGUGCCCAACGGCAGCACAGAGAGGAAUAUUCGCAAUAACUAUGCAGAAAUGCAUGCCUACAUGGGAAAGUUCAACCAGAGGGGUGUAGAUGAUGCAUUGCUCUCCCUGAAAACAGGGAAACUGGAUGCCUUCAUCUAUGAUGCAGCAGUGCUGAACUACAUGGCAGGCAGAGAUGAAGGCUGCAAGCUGGUGACCAUUGGCAGUGGGAAGGUCUUUGCUUCCACGGGUUAUGGCAUUGCCAUCCAAAAAGAUUCUGGGUGGAAGCGCCAGGUGGACCUUGCUAUCCUGCAGCUAUUUGGAGAUGGGGAGAUGGAGGAGCUGGAGGCUCUCUGGCUCACUGGCAUCUGCCACAAUGAAAAGAACGAAGUCAUGAGCAGCCAGCUGGACAUCGACAACAUGGCGGGAGUCUUCUACAUGCUGGGGGCAGCCAUGGCUCUCAGCCUCAUCACCUUCAUCUGCGAACACCUUUUCUAUUGGCAGUUCCGGCAUUGCUUUAUGGGCGUCUGUUCCGGCAAGCCUGGCAUGGUCUUCUCCAUCAGCAGAGGUAUCUACAGCUGCAUCCACGGGGUGGCUAUCGAGGAGCGCCAGUCCGUGAUGAACUCCCCCACCGCAACCAUGAACAACACGCACUCCAACAUCCUGCGCCUGCUCCGCACGGCCAAGAACAUGGCCAACCUGUCUGGUGUGAACGGCUCCCCCCAGAGCGCCCUGGACUUCAUCCGGCGUGAGUCAUCGGUCUACGACAUCUCCGAGCACCGCCGCAGCUUCACACACUCUGACUGCAAAUCCUACAACAACCCGCCGUGCGAGGAGAACCUCUUCAGCGACUACAUCAGCGAGGUGGAGAGAACUUUUGGCAACCUGCAGCUGAAGGACAGCAACGUGUACCAGGAUCACUAUCACCACCACCACCGCCCCCACAGCAUCGGCAGUGCCAGCUCCAUCGAUGGGCUCUACGACUGUGACAACCCGCCUUUCACCACGCAGCCGAGGUCCAUCAGCAAGAAGCCCCUGGACAUUGGCCUCCCCUCCUCCAAGCACAGCCAGCUGAGCGACCUGUACGGCAAAUUCUCCUUCAAGAGCGACCGCUACAGUGGCCACGAUGACUUGAUCCGCUCCGACGUGUCUGACAUCUCCACCCACACGGUCACCUACGGAAACAUCGAGGGCAAUGCCGCCAAGCGGCGCAAGCAGCAAUACAAGGACAGCCUGAAGAAGCGGCCGGCCUCGGCCAAGUCCCGCCGGGAAUUUGACGAGAUCGAGCUGGCCUACCGCCGCCGGCCACCCCGCUCCCCGGACCACAAGCGCUACUUCAGGGACAAGGAAGGGCUACGGGACUUCUACCUGGACCAGUUCCGCACCAAGGAGAACUCCCCGCACUGGGAGCACGUGGACCUGACGGAUAUCUACAAGGAGCAGGGCGAUGACUUUAAGCGCGACUCGGUCAGCGGAGGAGGGCCCUGUACCAACAGGUCUCACCUCAAACACGGGGCGGGCGACAAACACGGCGUGGUCAGCGGGGUCCCGGCCCCCUGGGAGAAGAACCUGGCCAACGUGGACUGGGAGGACCGCUCGGGCGGCGGCAACUUCUGCCGCAGCUGCCCGUCGAAGCUGCACAACUACUCCGCGUCGGUGGCCGGGCAGAACUCGGGCAGGCAGGCGUGCAUCCGCUGCGAGGCUUGCAAGAAGGCAGGCAACCUGUAUGACAUCAGCGAGGACAACUCCCUGCAGGAGCUGGACCAGCCGGCUGCCCCUGUGGCGGUGACGUCCAAUGCCUCCACCACCAAGUACCCCCAGAGCCCGACCAACUCCAAGGCCCAGAAGAAGACCCGGAACAAGCUGCGUCGGCAGCACUCCUACGACACCUUCGUGGACCUGCAGAAGGAAGAAGCCGCCUUGGCCCCGCGCAGCGUGAGCCUGAAAGACAAGGGCCGCUUCCUGGACGGGAGUCCCUACGCCCACAUGUUUGAGAUGCCAGCUGGCGAGAGCACCUUUGCCAACAACAAGUCCUCAGUGCCCACUGCUGGACACCACCACCACAACAACCCCGGCGGCGGCUACAUGCUCAGCAAGUCGCUCUACCCUGACCGGGUCACGCAAAACCCUUUCAUCCCCACUUUUGGGGACGACCAGUGCUUGCUCCAUGGCAGCAAAUCCUACUUCUUCAGGCAGCCCACGGUGGCGGGGGCGCCGAAAGCCAGGCCAGACUUCCGGGCCCUUGUCACCAACAAGCCGGUGGUCUCGGCCCUUCACGGGGCUGUGCCAGGCCGUUUCCAGAAAGACAUCUGUAUAGGGAACCAGUCCAACCCCUGUGUGCCUAACAACAAAAACCCCAGGGCUUUCAAUGGCUCCAGCAAUGGGCAUGUUUAUGAGAAACUUUCUAGUAUUGAGUCUGAUGUCUGA